UCUGGUUGAAGAUGACUCCUCUGUUGGUGGUGAUGUGGUCUCUAUUUUACCCCUUCUCAGCUAUUUCUCCUACCAGCCUGAACCCUGCUACAGUCUGUUCCCUACAGGGCAAAUUUGAUCCAGAUUUCCAGGCUGAUGGAGACUUUAUCAUCGGAGGGAUUUUCCCCAUGCAUUACAGGGUUGAGCCAGCAAGUGAGAACAGCAAUCUCAAACCAGCUCCUGCAGAAUGUCAGGGAUUUGACCCCAGAUCUUUCCGCUGGGCCCAGACUAUGAGGCUGGCUGUUGAGGAGAUCAACCACAGCCAACAGCUGUUGCCUAACUUCACUCUGGGAUGCAAGAUCUAUGAUUCUUGCGCUACCCCCAUAACAGCACAGCAGGCAGCUCUGGCAGUUCUGAAUGGACCAGAUGAAACCCAAAGUGAAGUGUGUUCUGGAGCAUCUAAACUUCUGGCUGUGGUUGGAGAAUCUGGAUCUGCACAGUCUAUUGUUGUCUCCAGAACUCUGCAGCCAUUCCAAAUUCCAAUGAUCAGUUAUUUUUCAACAUGUUCCUGCUUAAGCAAUAGGAAAGAAUUCCCAACAUUUUUCAGAGUGGUUCCAAAUGAUGACUACCAGGUGAAAGCCAUUGCUCGCCUCCUGCAGAGAUUUGGCUGGAUGUGGGUUGGUGUCAUCCUUGAGGACCAUGACUACGGUCGAUUUGCUCUGCAGGGAUUGAUGAGGGAAAUAAAAAACACUGGCAUGUGUUUAGCAUACCAUGAAAUGAUCCCAAAAGUGUACAAUCGACAGAGAGUACAAGAGAUCCUUAACAUAAUGAAACACUCCUCUGCAAGGGUUGUGGUGGCCUUUUCAGGUGAAGGGGAGCUGAACCCCUUCCUUAAAGAGUACAUGGAUCAGAACAUCACUGGCAUCCAGUGGAUUGCCAGUGAAGCCUGGGUAACAGCAUCAGUAUUCACAGGCAGUGAGUUCUACCCAUUUCUAGGUGGCACCAUUGGGUUUGCCAUUCGGCAGGGAAAGGUUGCAGGUCUUAGAGACUAUCUACUGAGUGUAAACCCAUUGAGGUACCCCACUAACCCCCUGGUACACGAGCUGUGGGGUGCCUUGUACGGUUGCUCUCUCUACCCCUCCAGUAGCAGGACCCAGGCCUCUUCCCAGCUGCCCCCCUGUUCAGGGCUGGAGCCCCUGCUGAAGCAGCACUCUGCCUACCUGAAUACCUCCAGCCCUCGUAUUUCCUACAAUGUGUACAAAGCCGUGUACGCUAUUGCUCACUCCCUGCACAACCUCAUCAGCUGUGAGCCUGGGAAAGGGCCCUUCCACAACUCCUCAUGUGCUGAUGCCACAAACAUUCAACCUUGGCAGCUUCAGCACUAUCUUCAGGAAGUCAGGUUCACCAUAUCAGGAGAGGAGGUCAAUUUUAAUGCACAAGGUGAUGCAAUUCCAUCAUAUGAUGUGAUCAACUGGCAAAGAGGUGCAGCUGGAAAUAUUGAGUUUGUCAAUGUGGGAAGGUUUGAUGGUGCAAAGGAGGCUGGGAAGGAGCUAUUCAUCCAGGAGGAGGCAAUCGUGUGGACAGGCCACCAGAGAGAGGUGUUGGUGUCUGUGUGCAGUGAGAGCUGUGCUCCAGGAAGCAGGAAGGCUUUCCGUCGUGGGGAGCCUCUGUGCUGCUUUGACUGUGUACCAUGUGACAACGGCAAGAUUAGUAAUAAGACAGAUUCAAUAGACUGCACAUCUUGUACUGAAGAUUACUGGUCUAAUGCAGCCAGAACUGAAUGCAUACCCAAAGCGAUUGAGUACCUCUCCCAUGAUGCAAUGGGACUGACCCUGACUGUGAUAGCUGUAGUCGGAGCCUGCCUCACCGUCGCUGUUCUGGCAGUAUUCCUCUACUACAGGAACACUCCGAUUGUCAAAGUCAACAACUCAGAGCUGAGCUUCUUCAUCUUGCUCUCUCUGACUCUGUGUUUCCUGUGUGCGCUGGUGUUCAUUGGAGAGCCUACAUCAUGGUCCUGCAUGCUGCGCCAUACUGCCUUCAGCAUCACUUUCUCACUCUGCAUCUCCUGUAUCCUGGGGAAGACUCUGGUGGUGCUGGCUGCCUUUACAGCCACCAGGCCUGGAAACAACCUCAUGAAAUGGCUGGGACCCAAACAGCAGAGAUUCAUCAUCUCUGCCUGCACCUUUAUACAAGUGAUAAUCUGUGCAGUAUGGCUAAUCACUGCUCCUCCUUUCCCAAAUAAAAACAGUCAGUACCACCGGUCCAGAAUAAUCCUGGAGUGUAGUGUGGGUUCUGAACAGGCCUUCUGGUGUGUUCUGGGAUACAUUGGUCUCCUGGCUGCUCUGUGUUUUAUUCUUGCCUUUCUGGCCAGGAAGCUGCCAGGCAAUUUUAAUGAAGCCAAAUACAUCACCUUCAGCAUGCUGAUCUUCUGUGCAGUGUGGCUUGCUUUUAUACCAGCUUAUGUCAGCUCACCUGGAAAGUUCACUGUAGCUGUGGAGAUCUUUGCUAUUCUAGCCUCAAGUUUUGGGCUGCUGCUGUGCUUAUUUGCUCCAAAAUGUUACAUAAUUUUACUGAAACCUGAGAAAAAUACUAAGCAGCAUCUAAUGGGAAGAGUUGUUACAAAAUAGAACAAUGCAUGUUUUCAAUUAUUGUAUGAAUUUAGAAUAGCUUGUGGACUUAUUCUGUUAGAAACACAACUGAGAAGGCUGUGGGAUCAGCAGAAGUUCUGGGAGCAGGCUGACAAAGGCUGUGAUUGGACACACUAUAAUUUGCCAGCACUCUGAGUUACUACUAGCCUUUGACAACUACACACUGACUAGUAAAAUAGGGCCCAUUAUCUUUAACCCUCCUGUUCUGUUCACUAAUUAGCAAUGGAUUAGCAAUGGGAUUAGGCAAAAGUUGUGGGAGCAGGCAGACUAAGGCUUUGUUUACACAACAGGGCUAAUUACUCAGUCAAUAUUUUUUUUAAUAUCUUUGUUUUUCUGCACUUCAAUGCAACCCAUUGUGUUCUGAAGAAGCAUGUACCGUAUGCAAAAAAAGACAUUGGCUAGCAUCAUUUUGUCUUACAUUGUAUAACAUGACUCUUUGAACAGGGCAGCACAGAGUGAACCCUUGUAGUCAAAUCAGGUGCAACCCCUCAGUGUAGCUCCACUAGAGCUUGUACUCUGCUUAAAGGCAUACUAUGCAGGAUUUUUUCUUUGAAAAUAUUAUUAAAUAACUGUUUAGGCAUAUCUAUGAUACACUGGUUUACGCACUUUAGCCAAAUUCAUGCUUCUUUUACCUGUAUUUGUUAUUCUAACCUGCCUGGACAGGUGGAUACACCCUGAGUGAUACAAGCUUGACAUUUUGCUUGUAGCGCUCAAGGUGUGUCCUCAAUGGAUUUGUGGGUGGGGUUGAGGACGAAGGAGGUGUGAGUGGGGUGACAUUGAUGUAAAAGGUGAACAGCACUGGAACUAGUAUGGACUGUUGAAGAACACCCUUUGACAACUGUAAAAAAUCUGGCUGUACAUCAUCUUCUUUCCCACACUGAGAUCUGUACAAGUGGUAUUUAUGGAACUAAUUGCAAGCAGCAGCGUCUAAACCAGUAAGUGACUAUCUGUCCACUGUAUUGAAGCCCUUAGAAAGGUCAACAAAAAGGGCAGCCCAAUGAAUCUUCCUGUCUAAAACGGACACAAUAUGAGGGCAAGAUGAAAAAAAAAAUCUUGCAAAGGGACCUAUCAUAAGUGGUCAGUGAUACAGUGGUCUCCCUCUCACCUCUCAUCCAAAACCUUGGAGUCACUUUGGAUCCUACCCUCUCAUUUGACCUUAUCAUCAGUAAUAUUUUCAAGACAUCAUUUCUU